CCAUUCUCGGCUAACUGUGAAGUGCCUUUCCCACACUCCACUGAGCUGUCCUUCCGUCCGUUCAUCCCGCCCUCCUCCGUCGGCUUUUCCGGUGAGCUAUGGUGGGGAAGCUGGUUCUGGAGUUCCGGGCGACGGACGACGACGCCUGGUACAGCGUCAAAGUCCACCUGAAGGGCGAAACUCUGUCGGUCCAGUUUCAGGGCAUCAUGGAAAUCGUCAAAUUUCGCCCAUCGGAUUUCGAUUCGCGCGACGCCGUGGAACGAUUCGUCCGCAGGUUCAGGCCGGUUUCGCCGCAGCUUCAGGACACCGAGUGCGGGAAAAUCGGAAGAGGUUCCGUUGUUUGCGCUGCAUGCCACGCCUUCCCCUCCAACGACAUGCGCUACUUCGACGCCGUCGUUGAAGCCGUGCAGCGCAAGGACCAUUCAUAUGUGAAUGGUGAAGAAGAAUGUCAGUGCACUUUUGUGCUAUCAUGGAUUCAUGGUCCAAAAAUGGGGCAUUUAACCAGUACCGGCAUUUCUUGCGUAUGUACUUUAAAAGAUGAUGGCCAAGUUGAUCCAAAAGUUGCUUCGUUCUUGCAAAUUGUGAAAAGUAAAUUUCCAGUUUCUUCUCGCAAGAACAGUGGAAAAGAAGUACCACCUCGUCUAGAACUUGCUAAAGGAGGAUGGAGUCAGCUUUUAACUGAACACAAACAUCUUUCGUUUCAGGACAUACAGAAUAAAUGGAACUUAAUUUAUGUAGGUGCUGGGAAGUUGAGCAAUAGCGAAUCUUCUCAUCAGGAUCAAGAUAUAGAUUUGGGUGGUGAAAAAUCAAACUCCUAUUUCAUAUUAAUUGGCAAUUUGGAGAGGAGUUUAUCUCCAUCAUCAAUACAGGCUUUCAUAGAAAGACACACUGGUGUUUCACCACAAGUGUAUAUCCUACUGAGUCCAGUGUGGAUACAUUUCGCGAGAGCUGUUCUUUUGGUGGAUACCAAGAAGAAGCAUGAAAACAUAUGCAAAUUCUUGGUGAAUCCUGAUCACUUCAUUGUGUCUACGAGUGGAAGGCCGUGGGUACUAAUUGAAAGUGUCACUAGGCUUGGAAUGAACUCUCAAUCUUCACUCGGGAAACUACUCCGCAAGUAUCAGGAACAUUGUGAUGGCACGCCUUUGGAUGACAAAGUAAUGUUGGUUCGUUCAGGCACUGAAGAGUACGCGCAGGCAAAGCUACUGAGAGAUUUGUUCAUAGACUUCGUGAAGCACGAGCAGCUGCUGCUCAGAAGAUUGGUGGCUGAAGAGGCGGCGAUUCAAGCAGCAUUUCCUUCUCUGCAUCAUAUUUAGGUGAGGCACCAAGGAAGGAAAAAGGAGAUUCCAACUCCAUGAUUUCAUGUUAAGGAAGAAGAAAGUAACUAAAGUUUCUAAAAUCCUGAGUUCAAACACAGCAGCCCACUUCUAGGCACCAAGGAAGGAAAAAGGAGAUUCCAACUCCAUGAUUUCAUGUUAAGGAAGAAGAAAGUAACUAAAGUUUCUAAAAUCCUGAGUUCAAACACAGCAGCCCACUUCUAGGUAAAAACUGAAAUUUUCUAUCCAUUAUCUCGAAAUACUUCUUGAACCAAAGUUGUAGCCCCGGACGUUACGAAUCCAACCCAACAAACGGCUCGCGAUUUCGUUAAGUAACGAAGAAGAUAUGGCCAAAAUACCGGGACUGCGCCAGUGGUGGCGAGCUCCUCGGGUUGGCAUGUUUUUCUUCACCAAAAUUCAUAUUAUUUCAUCCCAAAUACUUACCAUAAACUCUCUAACAAUUAUUAGGAACAUCCGGAAGGUAUCGUAGAGAAAGUUCGGCAUUGGAACAUUGAAGUUAGUGAGUUAAUCGUCGGAAUCAUGUUCAUCGACAUACCUGAAAUUCUGGACAGCAACUUUCUAUUGACUUCAGGUCCGAUUUACGCUAUCUUACAUAUGUUAAAACGAAAUACUUUCUAUACGAAAGUUGUAGCCUUACAUCUUAGGAAUCCACAGAAUCAAACGGUUUGCAAUUCCGUGGAGAAACGAUGGAGAUAUGCCCAAAUUACCGCAAGCUGUCCAGUUGUGACGGAAAUGACAAAGUUGGCAAAUUUCGAUGUUGUUUCCACUCCCGCUCAUCCGUAAGGUUUCGGCCGAUGAUUUCCAGGUCUGUACCUUGGCGUUAGACUUGUCGAAUCAUUCAUCACAUGCGUACAUGAACAUAUAUGUUAAUCCAUAUGUUGAAAUCAUCCCAAAAAUAAAUAUGUGAUACAUAUAAGUAUUAGAAAUGCUUCAACUACAUAGAUUGUUAAUCAUAAGUGUUAAAAUAACUCAAAGAAGUAUUUUAAAUAUCCAAAAAUAUCAAAAAUAGGAUUUGCACACUCGAACGGUCAACGUAAACGGUCAACCGUCGUAUUAAACAUUGAAACGAAACAAGACUGUCAGACAAACGGUCGACCGCCGGUGGCCAACGGUCGACCGCCGCCUGCCCAGUCAAGACCGCCGUUUUUCCUUCAGUCAACAACGGUCGACCGCCGGUCAACCGUGGUCGACCGUCACGCCAAACGGUCGACCGUUCCGAGCCCCGUAGCUUAAUUAAAUGAUAUUUUUAUCAGAUUACAUCCAAAUAAAAUAAAGUAUAUUUAUCCAAUCAUGUUGUUUACAAAUUGUUCAUAUCAUGUGAUUCAUUUCAUCAUUCAUAUUGAAACAUAUCACAUCAUGUGCAUGCGCAAGAGAUCAGGCUGAAGUGCGUCUCUUGUAGUUGUGAUUGUGCGGGACUUAGCAGUCCGACAUCACGGACCGGGCUUAGUGUACGUACAUGGUACUUAGAUUUUCGAGUACCACCCCUAUUUCUGCGUGAGUUCGUCGUACCAAAUGGGCGAAUCUCAUAGUUCAAGGCUCGUCCUUGCGACUUAGAAUCAUACAGC